GAGCAAGGUGACACCAUACAACAAUCUGUUGGAGCUGAAUAUUAUAUUUUAUCAUAUGAGAGAAGUCAGAUCUUCGAAUGCAAGACUCUCUACAUUUAUUUCACCUAACAACAAAUAAAAUAACAGCUUCCAACCUAGUCUGUAGGCAGUGGUGGGAGGUAAAGGUGGGCAGUUCUGUACUACAUUGUAGAUACUUGUGCUUUGUUGGGUAAUUCCAUUUUCUGCUAAUUAAUACUUUUCCCCCGCUUAAUCUCAGAUAUUUGUGUUGUAUUGGAUUUAUUUGAUAUAAUUAUUUAUUAUUCACUUUUCAGAUUCAAACGAUUGAUAUUAAAUAUUGUCAACACAUACAUUAGACCAGGGGUCUCCAACCUUUUCCCCUCUGAGAGUUACCUCUAAAGAAAAAAAAUUACGGAGAGCUACUUGUGUUUUACAUCAUGUGUAACAUUUAUUCACACGUAUCUAAAUCCCUGUAUAAGGUUUCGUUUGGCACAAGCAUAUACGAAACAUACAUCCAACACUCACUAUUUGUGUAAGAACAUUAAUUCUCAAAUUAAACUCAAAGUCUGCAUGUCAAAACAUUUCUUUAACUUUUCAACAACAUAUUUUUUUUGCAUGAACAUUUUCAAAAUAUUGGCAGCCAAUACUCACACUCAAAAUACAGAAAUGUAACUAAAUAUGUAUCAGUAUGCAUGUCUAUGCAUUUCUUUCUUUUUAUAAAUAAAGUCUAAUCAUUAGACUUUAUUUAUACCUGGAGAAAUUCACAAGUUAUACCCAGCAGCUCAUAAAGUAAUUAAAUUAGAUUUAUCAGAUGCAGCAAAUACAUGAAUGCAUCAAUAAUUAUUAUUAAAAAAGAUAGUCUUUAUUUAAAAAAAAAAGUGAAUAGGCUAUGAGUACUUUGGUUAUAUUUCAAAAGCUUAUACUUGUUUACCUUUCUUAAGUAUCAUUUUGACUGAAGGACUUUUACUUGUAACAGAAUAUUUCAACACUGUGGUAUUUCUACUGUCAGUUCACCCAGCUCUGUUUGUAGUUCUAUCUUUUUAGUUUUUCCUUGAGCUAAACUAUAUUUCUGACCCAAAGAGGAUUACACAACAUGAGCAUAUAAUCAAUACCGUGAUCCAAAUAUUUUAUUUACAAAUGUAAUUUUUACAAAUCCUGAUUAGGACUGACAUUUUAACAUAAAAUAAAAACAUUGUCAGGAAACUCUCUAAAUGAAGUCCUGGACAGGUGUGUUUUUUUUUAUUAUUAUUAUUUUUUUUAAUGAAAAUCCAUGAAAAGGUGUACAGUACUUUAUUGAUCUGUGCAGUGUUAUUGGAAGAGUGUCGUCCAUUAGGCCUGGCAGCGGCACGAGCUGACUCUGUGAGGAGCCCAGUUAGAGGAUGGCGACUUCAGGGUCCUAAGGGAAGGGCCACAGGGCCAGGCACUAACUCACUGGCACCACUAAAAAGAAUACAAUAAUCCAAUAGAAAUACCUGGGUUUUUACCGUGUCUUCUGCUGAGUUCUGAGCCGAGAUGGGGAGCAAAGCCCUGCACGCUCCGAUCCCCCUGCACCCGGCCCUGCAGUUUACAAACUACUCCUUCCUGCAGGCUGUCAACACCUUCCCCGCCGACCAGCUGCAAGGACUGUACGGCCUCAGCGCGGUGCAGACCAUGCACAUGAACCACUGGACUCUUGGUUACCCGCACAUCCAAGGACUGAGGUCGACGAUCACAGAGAUGGCAGCAGCCCAGGGUCUGGUCGACCCCAGGAUUCCCUUCCCAGGGUUACCCUUCUCAGCUGCAGCGCAGCUCUUCCACCCUAAACAAGCAGCUAUUGCAAACGGCCUGCCCUCGCUGCACAAGGAAAGGCCGAGGUUUGACUUCGCCAACCUGGCCCUCGCUGCCACUCAGGAGGACCCGCCGAAGGCUGCGGAUCUGGCGAAGUUGGCGUCGGGGCUAGGGGGAACCAUCUCCGAGCUGAGCAAGCUGUCCCCAGACAGAAAGCCCACCCGGGGCAGGCUCCCAUCCAAGACUAAAAAGGAAUUUAUUUGCAAGUUCUGCGGCAGGCAUUUUACCAAGUCCUACAACCUCCUCAUCCACGAGAGAACCCACACCGACGAGCGGCCCUACACCUGUGAUAUUUGUCACAAGGCUUUUAGAAGGCAGGACCAUCUCAGAGACCACAGAUACAUCCACUCCAAGGAAAAACCAUUCAAAUGUCAAGAAUGUGGGAAGGGAUUCUGUCAGUCUCGAACUCUAGCCGUCCAUAAAACCUUACAUAUGCAGGAGUCUCCCCACAAAUGCCCCACAUGCGGAAGAACCUUUAAUCAAAGAAGUAACCUGAAAACUCACCUUCUCACCCAUACAGACAUCAAGCCCUACAGCUGUGGCCGCUGCGGAAAGGUGUUUCGGCGCAACUGUGACUUGCGACGGCACAGUUUGACGCACAGCCCACAUCAGGACUACUAGCUGGACAGACUAACAAAAUAAUAAUGGACAAAAAGCAGCAAGACAAGUCAGCGACUAUUUUUGGUCAAAGACAAUCUCCAAAUCAGGACACGUUUACUGCCGCACUAUUCAGAGUGGGAUUUGGUUACAUCUCAAGAGGGACAGCAGCAGAGCCAUGUCCAGCUUUCGUACCACCUGUAAAUAUCCAGACCCUGUACAUACUGUUUUUUAUUUUCUUUCUGACCUUGAAAUUAUAAAGUUGUCAAAAAACAUUCAUAAGUUUAAAGUAUGUUCAAUUGUAUUGUAUAAUUAAAUAUUUCCAUGGUACAUUUGCA